AUGUCCGGAAGUCCUUCAAGAGCUAUAAGACGUAAACUCGUCAUUGUAGGAGAUGGUGCAGCUGGUAAAACCUCUUUAUUGAACGUAUUUGCAGUGGGGCAUUUCCCAGAGAACUAUGAACCGACGGUAUUCGACAAUUAUGUCACUGAAAUAGAACUGGAUGGUAAACCUGUUCAAUUAGCGUUAUGGGAUACAGCAGGUCAAGAAGAAUACGAACGUCUAAGACCACUAUCAUACUCGAAAGCACACGUAAUCCUAAUAGCGUUCUCGGUUGACACACCUGACUCGCUAGAAAACGUUUCGCAAAAAUGGAUUGAAGAAGUACGAUCGAUUUGUGGAAGGCAGAUCCCAGUAAUAUUGGUAGCCUGUAAGACGGAUCUCAGAGAAAAGGCGAUUGCAAACGGGACCUUCACGCCAGAGAGAUUUAUCGAUAAAGAUACUGGUCAAAGAAUGGCAAACAUAAUUGGCGCAAGAGCAUAUUUCGAAACUUCUUCAUUACAAAACCAAGGUGUAGACGCCGUAUUUGAAGCUGCUACAAGAGCGGCUGUACUAGUUAGAGAUCAAGGUCAUGGUGGUGUAGGUGCAAGUCAUGAUCAUGGACACAGGGAAGCUUAUGGUGGCAAGAGAAGAAGUGAAAAGGACGAUGGAGAAGAGAAAGGAAAAUGCUGUGUGGUCAUGUGA